UUUUUCCUCCAAUUAAUCUUAAUAAGAAAUGGCCAUGGAAACACUCCACCGAUACUCACUCCGUUUCCGCCCGAUAUCUCUUGCCGAUAAAUGCCUUAAACCCGGCUCACCCGCCCCGGUAUUUCGAAAAACCCGAAUACCCAUUUCGGUACUCGGAUCUUCCAACCCGAAACCGCUAUUCGGUACCGGUUUCGUGACCCGGAAACCUUACAGCUCAGCUCCCAGUUCCAUUCCCAGAGCAGGGUGGCUUCUGGGUCUCGGAGACAAGAAGAAGACGAGCUUGCCCGAUAUCGUGAAGGCGGGCGACCCGGUUCUCCACGAACCGGCCCGAGAAGUUGGUGUUGAGGAAAUCGGGUCGGAGCGGAUCCAGAAGAUAGUUGAUGAUAUGGUUCGGGUUAUGAGACAGGCUCCUGGGGUCGGUCUAGCUGCUCCUCAGAUUGGAAUUCCUCUAAAGAUAAUAGUUUUAGAAGAUACAAAAGAAUAUAUCAGUUAUGCACCCAAGGAAGAGACCAAAGCACAAGAUAGACGACCUUUUGAUCUUCUGGUCAUUUUCAACCCAAAGCUUAAGAAGAAGAGCAACCGGACUGCACUAUUUUUUGAAGGGUGCCUGAGUGUUGAUGGAUUUAGAGCAGUGGUGGAGCGGUACCUUGAUGUUGAGGUUGCAGGUUUGGAUCAAUAUGGCCAACCCAUCAAAAUAGAUGCUUCUGGCUGGCAGGCCCGUAUUUUACAACAUGAGUGUGAUCAUUUGGAGGGAACUCUUUACGUUGAUAAGAUGAUUACCAAAACAUUCAGAACAGUAGAAAACUUGGACUUACCACUUGCUGAGGGAUGCCCCAAGCUUGGUGUUCGUUAGAUGCUAGUUGAUGGUUCCAGAGCUGGACGCUCCAGAGGCUUUGGUAUGCAGUCUUGUUAGACUUGGUCGAAGUGAUUCCAUUACCGCAUCUGGAUGCAAUUGACUGUGCCAAAAAUCAAGGUUUUUUUCAAGACUGAAAAUGGCCGUAUCUUUUAAUUUGAGGUGUCAUCUUCUAGGCAAUUAGCUAAGAUUUCAAGAUUAGUAACGCUCAUGUUAUGCAAUUUUUUAAAACAAUGUAACUUAUAUCAAAGACAAAAGAUCCAGAAGAGAAAUUUACUCUUGAAUUA